CCUUCCCGUUCCUUCUCUUUCGCGUGAGCCCACAACAUCGCCUUUACUACCCUCGCCUCCCUUCAUGCUUCCUCCUGCUGCCUUCUUCCGCUUCUUCCUCUCUUCUUCGUCUGUCUAUCUACUCGGCUGCUUGGGCUGGCUGGCUGGCUGUCUAAUAGAUUUCCAUUCCUUACCUCUCCUCACCUUUUUUCUCCACCAUUCACCUGCUGUCUCCUCUGUUCCACAUCCCUUCUGCUGCACAGCCCAACUCCGUUUCUUCUUUGCCCUACUAGCACUGUUAGUUCAAUCUGGGCGGGCUUUACAAUUCCUCUCUCCCUCCUCCCAGUGUUUUGUUGUGAGGUCAGUGGGAAGGAUUACGACUGUGUGUGUCGGUGGUGGGGAAGCACGGGAGAGAAUUCUCAAGGGGUUUUGGUUGUAGUGGAGGUCAGCGUGCCGGAGAUUUCCACUGUGGUUCAUUGCUCCAGUGGGACAGAACGAUAUGUCGUGACUUACGGGGGGAUUUUGGAAGAGGUGGAAGAGCGGGAAAUUGUCGGGACCGGUCACGUCUUGUGGGAGGUGGAGGAUUCGGUUUGUCUUCCUUUAAUGUUGUCGCUGUAGGGGAAAUUUGAAGGGUCGAGACCUUGGCGUCCUUCUGUGUCUGGCAUACUUCUUCUGCCUCCCGGCGGUAGGGUUUCUGCGAUUUUAGGGGUUGCUUUGGAAAUCCUUUGGGUGUGAGUGACGCUUUUGGGGGUUUUUCGACCAAGUCAGCACUCGGCUCCACAGUUCGUUGCUCCGACCCUCAUCUUCAUCUUUGUGCGGAGUGGUCUGGGCUCUUUUCAGCACUCUUCUUCACUUCGGACUCAUUGUUUUAUGAUUCAUCCCUCUUGUGGAAGCGAUUUUAUCCCUUCUCUUCCAUCUGAAGCGCGCGGCCGCGGUGAUUAGAGAAGAUACUCGCAUGUCACCCAAGAGCAUGGCCUGUGGAUGCAGCUUGUUGGAACGUUUUGCCGGAAUCAUUGCCGUGGCACGCAUUGGCGUAAGAGUAUAGGUUAUGAGCACAAGAUUGCAUAAGGACAGAGCAAAAUGGUAGGUUGUUCUUUCAGGUCGAGAGAAGUAAGCUGCGUGAUAGGGUUUGCUCACGUGCGGAUUGGACACAGGGCACAGAGUCAUGAUGGAAAGGCACGCAAAUACUUGUGUAGGGCAGAUUAGGGGCUUCCUUGUGACAAAUGUACUUUAGUGGUGGUAAAGCGACGGAAUAAUAGAACUCUCUUGCCUAUCAAGUAGCGGCAACAGUCAAGACCUAGGGCCAAGGCGGGGCGUUUCAUCGGCUCGGAGAUCGUUGAAUACGUCAACUGGAGAUUACACUCACAGGUUGCGCGAGGACCGUGGUUUUAUACGGAGGAGUUCGAAGGGUUCUAGGGCUUUAUUACUUGUUCGACAGUGACACUUUACUUUAGAGUCGAAGCUCUGGUACGUGCAACUUACAUUUGGCGAUUUUGAGCGAGGCGGAGUUUACUGUUUACUCUAAACUUGUGGUUCCGUUCUCAUUUGACCUAGUAUCGGUAUCGGUUGGGAGCCCUUUGGAGACCCUAUUUGUUAUUACGGGGAACAACGAGAGGACAACUACGAGCAUUUCUGGGUCCAAGCGUUUUACAGUUAAUUGGUAGAUUGCCACGAAAGGAAGCCAAAACUGGCUAGCGAUCUCAUUGGAAGACCAGGCCUCUGAAUUUUUGCUUGUCGAGUUGGCACUUCGUUGUUAGAGGGUUUGUAUAGUGACGGAGAGUUGGACACCCCAAAAAACGCUUUUUGGAAUCUUACAGUCGCUGCAGGGUAUGUGAGCGAGAAUUGGGAGCAGAGCUUUAUUUCUUGUGGAGAAGCACAUCUGGACCAGAUUUUCUGCUCCUUACAUGUUCGAGAAUUUGCAACGGAUGUGAAUAUACAUUUACGGACUUGCAGUGGAACUACAAGAUUACAUGUGGAGGGAAGAAAUUUUUAGAUUCUGAAAAUGGCUUCCUAAUUCUUGAUGUAGCACGCCUCCUUCUAAUACGUCAUCGGGAGAACAUUGGAAAGACUAUACCUGACUCAUAGGAACUCGCUGCGUGACUAUCAGCUGCACUGUGGCUAGUUAUCUUAGUAAAUGCUCUAGGUGGUUUACUGGGAGUGCUGAGGAAAAGAUUUUUGGGCCUAAAGUUGCAAGAAGAGAUUGGGCCCAAAGAGAAGGUUACUGUCGGUCUUCUGCCCACAGACCUAUCAUGGUCUGUGGCAGGGAUGGAGAGAAGUGAGCCAUCCUUGGUCCCGGAAUGGCUUAAGGGGGCUGGUGGCGGUGGUGGGGCCACCCAUCACUCUCAACCUCCAAUCCACCAAGAUGAAGGUGUUGGUUUAUUCCCUUCGAGGCAGCGCUCUCAAGCACACGGAGCGACUGCUGGUGUAAAUCACGGAGACUACGAUUCCCCACGUUAUUCAGCCGCAUCAGACCGGACAUAUUAUUCGAGUUCUCGGAGGGGAGGGAGCAACAGCACAGGUGCUAGUGAGCGACCAUUAUUCGACCGAGAUCCUUACUCCCGCGCCUAUUCCAGCUUUGGUCGCAGCUCUGGUUAUCGGGGUGUCUAUGAUGGCCUAGACAGAGACAGGGACGGUUCCAGGGAUCGUGAGCGUGACUGGGAUUGGGAGCGUGAGAGGGAUCGUGAUUUUCGUGACAGAGAGAGGGAUAGGGCAUUGGGCUUUGGGGGUGGCGAUGACAGGGAUAGGGAUCGCGAUAGACCAGAUGGUUCCAACUUUAGAAGAGCUACAGGCCCCUCUGGUAGAUACGACCAAGACGUGCCACUGCGGCGAACACAAUCUAUGGGCUCCGGUAGGGCGUUGGAGAACGGAGAAAAAAAGGCUCCGGUCGACAUUGGCACUCUUCCUACUGCUCCACCGACUAAUAGUGGAACUCUUAAUAGUAGCAUGCAGAAGGCCGCUUUUGAACGGAACUUCCCUUCUCUCGGGGCACAGGAGAAACAAGGAGCUGUGCAAUCUAGUCUUGGAUAUGUGUCUGUAUUGAGUCCUCGACCCUCAUGGCAGAGUUCAUCUCCUAGGACGGAGAGACCUUCGUCAUCUACCCCUGGACUGUCAACAGGUGUAGGAGGACCUGGAGCAGUUCCAUCAUCGGUUAAUGUCAAUGUAGGAGGUAGUGGCAUUAGCGGAGAAGUUUGGAGCUCUGCCCUAGCUGAGGUUCCAGCUAGUCUAACUGCCUCUUCCACUAUCAACGGAGUGGCAGCUGGAGGUGCGUCUGUACCCACGAUGAGUGGUGUUGGAUCGACCUUGACCACAGGUGGUGCCCCUGUUCUGAUUGUCCCGAAGAUGGCUGAAGCACUUUCACAAAAUCCUCCCCGCGUACGCACCCCUCCGCAGUAUUCAACGGAGUCACAAAGGCUGGAGGCUGACGUGAAGCAAUCGAGACAACUGAUACCAAUGAAACCUUCUCUUCCCAAGAAUAUGGGACCACGAGAGAAGAUCAAACCCAAGGUUGUACGCGCAGUAGAUGUAAUAGCACCUCAACCGAUCAAGCUAAGUCAGCCACUUAGUACGUCCCAACUUGUAAGCUCUCCUUAUCGACCCCCAGCACCUCCUCGGCCGGAGCCCUUAAAGGCUCCUCAAGGAAAACUGCUGGUUCGGAAGACCAGUAAAGAGGCAGUAGCUGCUGCUUUGCCACCAACCAGCUCCUUGAAGAUAGAGUCACUUGUGACUUCUUCGUCUCUAGUUAGUCCUGUGAGUGGCUCAGUGGCCGGGAUCAGUGGGGUGGCCACGGGCAGUAGUAUUCCCGUAAUCCUGGCUCCUGUUCCUGUUCGUAAGCAAAAGCAGCUACUGGAUCGUCGAGCUGUCCCAAUACCACCAAUUUCUGUAACAGCUGGUUCUGAUGGCGGAUCUGGACCUCGAUCCAAAGAAGGGGGCUCAGCAUCCGAAGACAAGAGGCCAGCCAUUCCUGCUCAAAAUCGCAGUGAUUUCUUUAACGCGUUGCGAAAGAAGGCUGCUGGUGUGGGUACCGUUGGAGGCAUUGCGGAGAAAAAUGAGACAGGAUCACAGUUAAAGAAUGAAGGUGUGAAUGGCAAGGGAAUUGAACUUGAAGAUGAAGUGGGUCACUAUUCAGGUGAAGGGAUCGAGAAUCCUGUAUACAAGAUGAAGGAGAAUGGAAUGGCAGUUAGUGCUACAUCCAAGAGUACUAGUUCUGACCUUGAUACGUAUGGCCUUCCCGAAGAGAAGGAGCGAAUCCCAUCCAAUGGAACUAUCGGAGGAGGGAUUGAAGGUAAUUCUGAGCAGUCAACUGCUCCAAGUAGCCCAGUGGUUCCUGCAAAGCGUGCCACUGCUACCGAGGAGGAAGAGGCUGCAUUUUUGCGAUCCCUUGGUUGGGAAGAAAGUGCAGAGGAAAGCGGAGAGGGUUUGACGGAAGAGGAAAUAAAUUCUUUCUACCAGGAGCGCCUCCGUUCCAUGUCAAUAUCACCUUCUUUGCCUAUGGCCCGUAAUCACCGCCUUAGGGACUUCCAAGUCGAAAUGCACGUGGGGAGUAUUGGCAGUAUCUCAUCAGGCAUCAGCACUUCCGACAGUGAAUCAGAUGAUGACCUGCAUGUUCGCCGUCGGUAAUAGAUCGCGAUUCACGCAUGACAAAGUGUAAAUGGAGCUACUUCCAAGCUACAGCCGUGUCUGGCAUGUUGCAUCAGCGAAGAGAGUACUUUAGAUAGAUUGGGGACUUCAGGCUUCAAUUUUAGGGUUGAUUCAAAGACCGCCUGCUUUAGUCACUGCACUCGAAAAAGGUGGGUAGUCAUGUCACAAAUGUAUGAAAGUCUCUGGUGAAAAGUAGUAGAAAUGCACUCAUGCAUGCACCAGGUCUUCUGAAUUUUAUACCCUGGUCAGUUUCACACCAAUUUACAGGUGUUGCUGUUGAGGGCAUGACAGCAAAGCAACCACCAAGAUUGUUUAUUCCGUGGUCAAAAUAGAUGACCACUCCAUGCUGUGUAUUCUCAAAAGAUUUCUGGCACAGAAGGCGAAUUCUGGAAGAGGAUCCAGUACCACCUUCUGUGUGCGGUGCUCUUGGUAUGUGGGUAGCACUCAGUGCCCAUUGAGCAGGCAUAUGUGAGUACCUGGGUUUUGGUAAAGAGAAAGCUUAAUCAGAUAAUUCACCUUCAUAACCGUGUUGUGGACUUCUCUUGUUGAUGAGAUUCAUUGAGCAGAUUGCCGUAGACCAAUGAUAUAAGUGAAGGUAGAUGGGGAUACCUUAUGCCAGUCGUUUCUUGAUUUGUUUUGCAAGCGCCCAAUAUACUUCGAGACGUUCGACCAAAUGACCUGAAAAAAAAUUGGCCCAAACUUACG